CAGGUGGAAAAAUUGUAGUCGUCGUCAGUCGAGCGAGAUUCUUAUACGCGGUUCUGCACUGCAUUUCCAGCUUCGGGACAAGUGAAAAAGUGAUUUUUAGCUGAAUUUGAGUAUUCCAACGGGAAAAAAUAUUCGACGCAAUAAUCGAAGGUCCAGUCCGAUCUGAAUUUGUUCGAGAAUCGAGUGAGCGGAGUUUGCAAAAAGUAUCGUGUGCAAAAGAAAGUUUGCUGGACGAAGCGAAAAUUUUCUGGUUCUGCUGCGUAUCGAAGAAAGAGAAAAAACGAGAUGUCCUUUGAUUUGUGAUAAAAUAGUAAUGGUGGUCAACAUAAGUACGUGAAUCGAACCAGUUUUGCUACCAAGCGAAAAUCAGGUUUUCGCUGAAAGCAAAAAAAUCAAAAUGCGUUGCAGAUUAAAUUCUGGCUAGGCUACCACUAGUGAAAAAAGUGCAAAGUGCGUCUGGUACCGUUUCUGGCUUCCACCAGGGAAAAGCAGUUUUUCGUGGCACCCUUCGCCAGAGUCUCAAUCAGUUAACCACCUCGAUGGCAGCUUUUGCCAAUUAAUGGACAACAGUAUAUCGUCAUCGUCAACGGAUGCUAGCACAAAGCACUAGCAUUAUUAGAAAGCAUAUCUUGUUCUUCGAUAAAAUUUGAGUUUGCUUGUCCCGUUCCGGAAAGGACUGGACACGUCCCACAGGACCUCGAUUGGGAAGAGGCUGUUCCGCAAAUCUUAUCGAUAAAACAAUUCGAUACAUUCAAAAGCUACCAGUAGCAUUUCCGUCACACAUUAAGUACCAUCACAAACCAGUUACUGUCGUUGUUAUCAUCUGAUUUAUCUGUGAUAUAAUUACUCGAUUCAUUUCGCGUAACAAGAAUCCUUCUGGGGGAUCUGACUCCGUCCUAAAAGGGUGUAGGUGCUUCGUCCCCCUGGCCAACAAUACCUAGUGUGUGGAAGUAGUGUCUAGUGAAAUUAUUAAGUUUAAUUGAAGCAGAAAUGCAAAACAGAAGAUGGACAAUGUAACAACAUAUGUGACAGCAUUUCGGGUGUGAUGGAAACGGAAUAGCGAGCAAAAUCAAAACUAUAGGCUCAAAAACCGGACUGUUCGCCAAAGGUGAAAUAUAUGAACAAAUACGUGCCAGCAUAAAAGUCAUCUUCCAUGUGUACAUGACUGAAGAAGAUUAGAGUCGAACAUUAGAAGAAGAAAUCUUAACUACAAUCACAAUUUUCAACACAAAGUGAAAUGCAAUAAUAUCUACCACAAUAUAUAAAUCACAAAGAAAAGCGUUUAUUCUCUACCGCCAAUCGAGCGCUAGAAACCCCUAAAAGCAUAAAUUUUUGAAUCUAAGAUAAAGCAAACUUCAACUAUCCCACGUGAAAAUCUACAUUUAAAAAUCAAAUUUAAGCAACACACAUACAAGUGCGUAUAUACCAAGAAUCUAUAUUUCUUCGAAUCAAACCACGAGAACAUAUUUCAAACCGUCAUUGCAUAAAGUCAUUUCCUGUGAAGAUUAUCAACUGGAAGUAUCUGUGAGUGAAAAAAAUCAAUUUCAAAAUUGUCUUGAUACGUGUAAGUAAAGCUAAGCCUAAACAGCAAUCCACAAGGACUAUUAUCAAACUAGCAGUAAAUCAGUGAGUGUUAUCAACGUUUUGUCUGCUUUUAUCUGUGGUUUUAGUGUAAUCUAAACGCUAAGUAAAUAACAUAGCAGCGCAAGCUGAGAAUGUGAAUGGAAACAAUAAUACUAAAUGUGAAGAACAAUGUGACUUCGAUUCACAGCAGCACUGACAUAGAAGAAAAAAAAAAUAAAUCAUCAUUGUGUUCCACAAAAAACUUUAGCAAAGUGAUCGAAACAUACUCGAAGAGACUUAGUCAAUCGACUGCUGUCUAAUUAUAGAAGAACUGCGGUUUACAUCCCAGCAAAGUGGUGAUUCUACGCUUUAUAAAAAUAAAUACUACGUUCUGAAACGUGAAGAAGCUGAACUGUUCCUAAAACCAACACAAUUGGUUCAACAACAUUCCAAAAGAAGAAGUAACCGAUUAGCCGACAGAAAACGGGUGCAGCUCCUACCGGAACAUACCGAAGCCAGAACCGCGCAGGAGUUGAAUGGCAACGAUGCAGUUUUGUUGCAAUUACUCAAUCUAAUACGAAGAAGUCUGAAUAAGCUUUAAGAAAAGAGUAAGCUUAACUAGUGAAUGAUGACGAUAAGCGUAAGUGUGUCUCUAUGUGGUAUUGCGCAGAAAACAGUGCGAGUCGGUUGAUUCUCAUCGUCGUCGGUAUAGUAUUGCUAGUUGAUCUAGCAAGAAGAACAUAACAAUGGGUGCAAUAGAAAAAGUGAUCAUCGAUCGAGAAUCGCUCGAACUUAUCUUCGAUAUCAGCGAAUGUUGGAACAAAACCCACAACAGCCAUAGUGUGAAAAAAGUGAAUUAUAACACUGUGAAUAUGAUAUGUGAUUUUAUUGAUUACCUGAUUAAAUUUAACAUUACUGUUAGCAUAAAUGUAGAGAAGCAUAAUUUUCUACGAAUCCAGCAUUACACAACAAAUGACCAAAAUCUAGUUCAUAAGAGCCAAUUACCUACAACCGAUGUAGUGUUGAUUGCGGUCGAAGGUACACCAAGUACAAUUACGGUUACAUUACACACCAAGAACAAAACUUCAGCAUACACAUCAUUCGACGAGCUUUUGAGAUUAACUGAACGCCAAAGACGAAUGGAAGCACUAGGAUUCAAUCCAUCGCGUUGUCUACGUCUUCGUGGUGGUGGUGAAAGUUCGCUUAACAACGGGACCAGUGCUUGGGGAUCACCUCCAUCCAAUGCCAAUACAGCUUCAUGGGGCGCCGUUGCUCCACAACAGCAGGGAUGGGGAAACAAUCCGCCAAAUGCAAACCAGAGACCCGACAUUGGUAAGCAAAUGCAACCUCCUCAAGGAUCUGUUGGUGGACCUAUGGGGGGUUCUGGCGCAGGAGCAAAUAGCUGGAAUCAGGUCGUAAAUACAAACAAACCACCACUUCAACCACCGCCACAGCAACAAGUUCCACAACCACCAAAUCAACCACCUCCUCCUGGUGCUAAUCCUGGAAAUAGCAACAAUCAGCCUCCAUCUGCUCAACAACAGCAACAACCACCGCAACCACAAAACCAACAACCGCCAGGUGGAAAUCCUCAAAUGUCUGCUCAACUAGGAGCCUCUGUUCAAAGCUCAUCCUCCAAACUAGAACAUCUCAACUCCAUGCGUGAAGCCUUGUUCAGCCAGGAUGGAUGGGGUUGCCAGCACGUUAACCAAGAUACCCAGUGGGAUGUACCAGCCUCACCUGAACCUGCCAAUAAAGAUGCUUUGAAAAUGAAUAUCAACAACGGAACAGAACUAUGGGAAACGAAUCUUCGCAACGGUGGCCAACCAACUCAACAACCAACGCAGAAAACCCCCUGGGGACCAUCGAACAACAUUGGUGGUACAUGGGGAGUCGAUGAUGAUAGCAAUGCCGAAAACAAUAGUGUUUGGACCGGUGGAGCCACUGGUGGUGCAAACCCUCCAGUUGCUGGACAACAGGGUUGGAAUCAAAAUAAUAACGCCAUGUGGCCACCAAAUGUUGCGAAUGCACCACCCAAGAAAGAACCUGAAUGGAGCGGCAAUGUUCCAGUACCGGGAGGAGCUAACAACUGGGAGAAUCGUGGAACAGCUGCUCCACCUCCACCACAUAUCCCAGCUCCACCACUAGAUAUGCCCAAUGUCGACAUGCGUAAUAUGCGCCCACCGGGUGCUAUUGAACCUAGCCGUGAAUUCCGUGGAGACCCAAGAGGUAUUUCAGGCCGUUUGAAUGGUUCAUCCGGUAUGUGGGAUCAGCAUCCAAUGCCUAAUGCUCCGCUCAACAAGAUGCCACCUCAAGCACCUAUGUUGAAUGCUGCGGGAGGUAACCAAUGGCCGGUAGGAGCUGGUGGCCCUCAAAAUGUACCGCCAUCUAAACUACCAACAUCAUGGGAUGAAGCAUCACCCCCUGCUAGUCGUCGUAAUAUGUCCAAUUUGGAUGAUGGGACCUCCCUCUGGGGAGCCCCAACUAAUCCCAAUCGUCCUAAUGGGCCUAAUGAUGGUAUGGUACGUAAUGGAAGAAAUCCACUCGGAGGUAACUCUGGUCCGAUUGGGCCAGGAGGAAUUGGUGGACCAAGACUCAGUGGUCCUGGUAAUCCCAUGAAAUCAGACAUGUGGGGUCAUGGAGGACCCGGCGCAAUGCGAAAUGGUUCGUGGGAUGAUAACAGUAAUAAUUGGGAAGACAAGGGUCCAGGGCCACUUGGAGGCGGUGGUGGUGGUAAUGCUGGUGGCGCUGGGGGAUCUACUUGGAAUGAUGGACCUGGAAAUCCAUCGACAUGGAACAACAAAAAACCAAUUGUUCCUGGUGGAAAUGUAUGGCCGGAGACUUCGGAUCUCAUCGGAGGUGACUGGGGUGCCGGCAUCGGCGUUGGUAAACCACCAAAUAAGCACAAUCCACAGGAGAUAAUUCGUAGCAGCAAGCAGUUCCGUAUCCUCUAUGAAAUGGGCUUCAAGAAGGAAGAUAUCGAACAAGCUCUUCGCACGUCCAAUAUGAGUUUGGAGGAAGCCAUGGAAAUGCUGCAACGCAACAACGGUAACAAUAUGCCCGAUUGGCGUCGUCACGAUGACCAUCCUGGAGGAUUCGAGCCACCAUUCUCGGGUGGACGUUUCCCCGGUGGUGGUGCUGGGCCAUCUCUACCGUUCCCUCAGAAUCAAAAUGGGCCCAACAACAAUAUGCCAGCUGGAAUGGGCAGUGGAAAUCCGAAUCUUGCAGGUUUGAAUGCACUGAGCAAACCAUUGCAAAGCUAUCUCAACCAAGCACCACCAUCCGGUCCUGGCCCAUUCAACCAAGGAGGUCCAAAUGGCGGAGUUGGAGGAGGGGCAGCCGGCAUUCUUGGUGGCGCUGGGGCUGGCCAAAACUCAUCAGCUCAACCCUCGACGCAACAGUUGCGUAUGUUGGUUCAGCAAAUUCAAAUGGCAGUUCAAGCGGGAUAUUUGAAUCAUCAAAUCCUCAAUCAACCGUUGGCACCACAAACGCUAUUCUUACUCAAUCAGUUGCUGAAUAACAUCAAGCAACUUCAAGUGACGCAGAAUAAUCUACAGCGAGGUGGUGGUGGCGGUAACAAUCAGAUGUCAAUGAUUCCAAAAAUAAAGCAACAGAUUGCUGGACUACAAAACCAAAUUGCUACUCAACAAGCAAUUUAUGUAAAACAACAACAGCAGCAACAGCAUUCUGGAAACACCUCUAAUAUUAAUCACUUGGCAAACAACUUCCAUCGUGAACAGAACGAUUUGACCACACUUCAAAAUAGUUUAUCCGAAAUGGGAUUAGGAAAGGAUCAUAAUGGUCCCUACCAUCAUGGUCCUGGAGGCGGUGGCGGUGGCGGUGGUAACAGCGGUGGCUCAACUAGUCAACAGUCUCGACUGAAUCAGUGGAAGUUGCCGGCUGUGGACAAAGAUGCAGGUCAUGAUUUGACUGAUUUCUCUCGUGCACCUGGAACCACAGCGAAAUCUACACUCUCUACUACCGGGUCAAGCAUCAGCGGUUUGAGUGGUUUACAAGGAGACAACACAUGGUCCACGGGCCGCGGAGGUAUUGGCGAUGGCUGGCCAGACUCCUCGACCGAAACCGGAAACAAAGAUUGGCCCGCUACUCAAGAUACAUUCACUGAUCUGGUUCCUGAAUUCGAGCCGGGAAAGCCAUGGAAGGGUACCCAAAUGAAAAUCGAAGAGGAUCCAACUAUUACACCGGGAAGCAUUGCUCGCAGUCCAAUUGCGUCCAUUUCGAUUGGAUCGGCCAAGGAUUCAGACUUGUUUGCCAAUAGUAGCAAGCCAUCUCCAACUGAUUCCAUCAGCUUGUCCUCCUCUACUUGGAGUUUCAAUCCUGGUAACAACAAUUUCUCCAGCUCCAUUUCCAAACUGGGUGGCAACAAAAAUACAUGGUCUGAUGCCGGGGCCUCGGAUUUGUGGGGAACCGGUUUGGGUAGCGGCACAGCUGGUGGUAAAACGCCACGUGGUCCCCCACCGGGUUUAUCUGCUGGUAAGAAUCCAGGAGGAUUCGGGUCAAAUGGCUGGAAUCAACGUCCGGGACCAGGAGGCAACAAUUGGCCAACCGGCGGCGGCGGUGGUGGUGGUCCAGGCUGGUAUUCAACAUGGAUUUUGUUGAAAAAUUUGACUACUCAGAUCGAUGGACCAACUCUUCGCACGCUAUGCAUGCAGCAUGGACCAUUGCAAAAUUUCCACUUAUAUUUGAACCAUGGAAUUGCAUUGUGCAAGUAUCAAUCCCGAGAGGAGGCCAACAAGGCCCAACAGGCACUCAACAACUGCGUAUUGGGAAAUACGACCAUUUGUGCUGAAUCUCCCACAGAGAGCGAAGUUCAAACUAUUCUACAGCACCUUGGAGUUCCAGGGGGAAACAACAACAAUAAUAAUAACAACAAUGGCAACAUGGGCUCUGCUGGUGGGCUUGGUAAUAACAACAAUUCCCAACCGUGGCGUACAGGAGGAGGUUCCCAGCAGUCGAAUGUUCGUUCAUCGGAUACUUGGGGCUCUGGGUGGCCAUCCUCCGGACCCACUAUCAACCCGUGGACUCUAGAUGGUCCUACCGAACGUGGAACUCCAUCCAACCUGAACUCUUUCUUGCCGGAAAACCUACUGGGAGGAGAUUUGAACUGAGUGUCAAAAUCCAAGUGAGUAAAACUUGAUUUAAAUCGUUGAAUGCUGAAAUGCAAUGGAAUGCUGUAGUGCGCCACCAACACUCUACAAUCAUAUACGCACCCGUACUAUGACGAUCGAGUAAGUGAACAUUAGGGAAAUGCAGCGUAAAAUGCAAUUUAAUACACACAGGUCUUUACUCAAAAGUAUGUACAAUAUCAGGAAUAGUGUUUGUACAACAGAGUCGCAACAGAUUGAUAUUUUGUACAAUUUUACUUUUGCUAUUAUUACGGAAGACACACAAGUUUAAGGGAAAUAGUGUAAUAAUUAGCAAUGGAGUAGCUUUUAAGACUUUAUUACCUGAUCUUAUUUUUGUUAACAUUAUGUUUUUAUAUGCAUAUUUAAAUUAUUGUCUAAUUGAAACGAAUCUGGACAGUUAUUUAUAGGGGCAGAUAACCGAACAUGCUUUAAACACAAAAAAGUACCGAGAACAACUAUUAUCAAAAAUGAUAGAUUUAUUACUUUUUAUCAAACACCAUUGCAUUUAUUCGCAAACAUACAUGGUGUGAACACUAAAUAUGAAAGCACAGGGAAUCAAUUAUCAGCGAUCUCACUCAACGCAAAGGGGCCAACCAAAAAAAAACUAAACAAACUAAACACUUGGGCCAUCCCAAAAUGUUUUCCACAUGGUUCGGAGAGGGCACAUGGACUUACGAGUCGUGGUUGUGAUUUUUAGCUGGAUUGAACAAGCACAUCCGAUUUAAGUAGCUCGAGAACGCGAAAAAUGCUUCCCUCUAUUAUGUAGUGUACUCAUGAAACCAAAUUCUUGUAGAUAUCGUUUGAGCUCCGAUUGGUUCCAUAUACGAACGUUUCGUGAUUAUGCGUACUAAUUAGAUCCAACAUAUCAGUCAGGCAAGAUGGCGGGAUUCGUUCGAAACUGUCUUCUUCUUGAACAAUGUAUCACUCACCACUAAGCAACCGAUCCGUACUACAUACUGCGACUGUAAACACCCUAGACAUUAGGUUCCAGUUUUAGGUUUCAAAUUUGUUGGCAUUGUUUGUUAUUUGUUUCAUUUUUAGUUUUACGCCAUGCGCAUUCCAAUGUAUGAAAUCGACAUUGAACCGUAUCUAGUUUUAGAAAUGUGCAUGAAAGAUAUCUAAAUCAUGACAAAAGAAUUUUUCGAUUGAUGAACUUGUACAUUUGUGCAACAAAUAGCUACUUACUAAUAUUAAUAAUCCUAAAGCAAUAUAUGAAUAAACACACAAACAAAACUGUACCAUUAAGUUAGCAUGUAAGGUCAACAAAAUGUUAUUUAUUUUUCUAAUCAAAUAGUAACACACAAUACACAAACAAAAAAAAACGAGAAAUCAUUGGCCAAAUAUGUGAUAAAGCGCUUGGUUGAAAACCAAACACUCAAACAAACAGCCUUUAGUGUUAAAUUAUACUAGGACAAGGAAAAUGCUACAUUGUUUUCGUUUGUUUUUACCUCUCUCUAUACAUAUUGAAGUGACUAAUCGAAGCAUUAAUUUUUACACUCUUUCUCCGUGUAGUCCACAAAAUACAACUGAAUGAUUAAGGUCAAAAUAUAGGACAAGAUUUGCCUAGCUGUAAGAUCUUAGAAAUAGUUAUAUCUAUCGAUGAGAAAAUGAAUCAAAAGUAUAUAUUUUUAUCGAAUAUAAUGUGUGUUUAUUAGGGCUAAGUACAUUUGAAAAGGGAAUUAUAUAAGUAUUUAUCGAAGUAUCAAGUAAGACAUCGGAAGAAUUUAGCUGUAGGCGACAAGCCAAAGUGAGAUUGAAACACACACACACACACACAUUUGUCUUGCUGAAUAAAAAAUAUCCUUGUAACAUAUAUACAACUGUGACAGGCAGAUAAAUUUACGUGGCAAGUAUGAACAUUGAUAGUAGUGUAAGCAUUGGGAAAAUCAGAAAACAUAUAUUUACAGAUACAAAUCACAAUAAAUGGAACUAUUUAAAAUAUCCAACCGAUAUGGAAACAAUUUUCAGUGUUUUAGCAUGUUUAGCGUUAGUGUGAAAUCGUUGUUGGUCAAAUGUUGUAACAUAACUAUUGAAAAUGUACCAACGCACCAGUAAACGAGAUGCAGCAUCGUCGACAAUUGAAAAGUGAUUUUUUUCUGCCGAAUGGCAGCCUCCUUUCGAGGAUACAUUUUAUCAAUGUAAGCUUUCGUGAAAAGAGUUAGUUUUAUACCACACGAACAUGGAGGAAAAGUCAUGACAAUAUUUUUAAAAAUAAUAUUAUAACGGUUCAUCGAAAGAUGUGACCCUAAUUCAAACUAAGAAAAGCCAAUCAGUAAAUGAGCAGAACAGGAUACAAUCGUUUCGAGUAAGUAACAACACGAAAAACUGUAGGAAACAACUUAGAAACAACAUUGAAAUAUUUGUUUAACAAAUCGAACUAAUCUAUUGGUUCGAUUUCACAUAUGACUGAAUUGUUUGUAUAUUUUCCUAAUUGUUUUCGUAGUUUUCUAACUGAAAAGGGUAAAAUGUUGCACUUUUCAAAAACUAGUGACAACAGAUCUGCACCCAAGCUACCUGAUGGGAUCUAGAAUAUAUUAAUAGGAUUGUUUCCUUAUUGAGUAAAAUUUCUUGCAGUAAAAAGACUGUGAGUUGAUGUACCACGGAGUAGUGAAAAGUCUUCUAAUAGUUGGUAUUCAAAAUUCUAGUCAGCGUUCUUUGAGAAAUAAUUCGCGAACGAAAACUAAUACAAAAAAAAUGGUCGCUAAACUUUAGUAGACACUCACAUAUUCCAAUUACAAUUGUCGAGUUAGUAUUUAAUUAAGUUAGCACACAGUCUGAACGGAUUCUAGACUUUUCCUUACUCAUCGUGGUAUGUUUGUUCAUAAUCUGUGAUCCAUAACUUUUAAGUCAGUUCAUUUAUUUCUAAAUUUAAAAAUGGAAAGAAUCCUACUGAGACAACAGAUUGAGUAACCAACACAUUUCCUCUGAUAGUGUAUAAAAGAAUAAUCAUUGUGGUGACAUUUGUGAAUCGGAAUGAGUCAAAUAGUAUAUCUAAUGCAGUUCGUAAGAACGAUAAAACUGUGACAGAUAUUAAACAUUAGGAGCUAAUCGAAGAGCGCUUACUAUCCAAACGGACAUUUGGUGGAAAAUUAGCAGCCAUCGGAAAAGGUGCUCUCAUAGAAGAAUGUCUUUGAUAAGAAUUAAAUACAACUCUAUUAGUACUUUUAGCUAUGUAAGCAAUCUUAUGAUAAGUAUUUAGUAUAGGCUAGUUUUAACACUUACCAUCAUAGUCAUACGGUGAGGGAACUGCUUGCAUAUAAGUAAAGCCAAAAUUGUCUUUUCACGUACUUUGUGUAGAACUAAGUCCCAUUACAAAAAAGUCAAGUUCAGUUCAAUUGUUCAAUCAUUGACUAGAUGUUUCAAUUUCCUACGACAAAAUUUUAUAAAUUAGUUAAUCAUAGCCAUCGUGCGACUGACAUUCCUUUUGGUAACCAAAAAAUAAUAGCUACCCUGUUUUGGCGCUAUUUCCAACGAAAUGACAUGCUUCAUGAACGAGAAAUAAAAGAGAAUUUAGAUGGUGCCGGUGUCCUCCUAGACAUGUAGGUUUUCCGUAUAUAGACUACAACGAUUCCACAUACGAACGAUCUGCCAGCGACUGGUAUCCGAGGGUUUGUCCAUUUUUCUGUUUCUAUCAUCCAUUCGUAAUCGUAAUCUUCCAAUUCAAUCUGUGAUUAUCAUAUCGGAAUCAUCUUUUUCUUGGAUGUGUACCAAUGUUAGUUGUUCCGACAGCUUCGUAAUAUAUUUAGUAUUUAUGGGGACGUUGAAGCUUAUUAUAUGUUAUUUCUGCGAGUUUAAUAUUUAAUAUGUUCUUGGACAGUAGGACCAUCCACUUUCUAAAAAAAGGUCUUUUAUUUUCAAGUCCAUACAUGUAUUUUGACUGGCAUCCUAAAAGAGUUUCUGGUAAAAAAUUCACUUGAUUGCAUUAGGUUCAAAAGGUGCCUCUCUUCGGUUUUGUGUUUUUGGAUUAUUUAAAAGAUUCAAAAACUCACAACACAAUCAAGCACAACGUAUCUGAAACUAAUUCUAUAAUCACAAAACAUUAGUUACAUAUGCCAACUAAAAGUUUUCUGAGGAAAGUAUAUUGCUAAAACAGUGUUCUGCCUAUGUUUCAUUCGAUGUUAUGUUCAAAAGUACUUUAAAAUGUGAUUUUUGGGAACAUUUGGAUCCGCAAGACUACCAUUUAAAAAUGUAAUUAGCAUAAUAGUAUUUUUCCAAUUCUCCAGAGUGUUUUGGUCUUUUACAGUUCAAUUGUAGAAAUCGAAGAAAAAAAAUUAUAAAAAUCGUCAAUACGUGUUAUAUAUUGCGAUAUUGAUUAAAAAACACAUACACCAACGAUUUUUACAUAGUUUAUGUAAUACAAACCCACAAACUUCCAAUGAUGUAAAAUAUUUAUGAAUUUAUAUGGCAAAAUACUAGGAGUUUUGAUCAUAACUAUCGUUGGGUCCAUCAAUAUGAUCAACCGAAUGCAGUUUCUUUACUUAUUUGUCAAAACCUUUAAACAUGCAUAAUUUUCAACAUUUUGAACGAUUAAGUGUAAAUAGUGAGCCGGUCUCUGUGCGAAUUAAUCCAGUUUAAAAGUUUUGAGAAACCGACUCACUCGUUUAACUCACCUCAAGACUUUUUAACUCGGAAGUUGUGUUUCGCAGUGGAGAAAUGUUUGUCUUUACGUUACGAACAUAUUGUAAACAUUUUGCUUCAACGUCCCUCUUCAUUCUGAGGUGAAUGUCAUCAAUUGACUAUUUUUUACUUCAAUAUCACUAUUUUGUCUAUGUAUAAGUAAUUUCAUCUCGAGAAUUUAUUGCUAUUCAGACUGUCCUCAUCCAAACGUCAUCAUUAUCUAGUCUUUUGACCAAAUCCUGAAUUACCAGACCACAAAGAGCACGAUCAAAUUUGUAUGUGGAACACGAUACAAAACAAAAACUUGUAAUCAAAUGUUGAUACCUCCCCAAUUAAAAAUGAGACCAUUUCUGUCAAAUCUCUAUAUAUGUAUUUAGCUGUAAAUCGAUAUUCGUAGUUUGAUAAUAACUGUUCACAUUACAUAGCUAGUAAGUUCCAGUGGAAGAAAAAACAUGAAUGAAUUUCACCCAACUACAACGAAUGAUAAUUACUUAUAAGCAUUAAAUAUUAGCAAGAGCAAAAAUCAUACCUGUAGUUGAAAAAAAAAUCGGUAACAUCAACAAUAUUAACUAGAUAUGUCGAACAAACGAUACCAGCUACAUUCGGGGAAAAGAAAACCGAUAAUCGGUGUUCCUGGUACAGAGAUCCGGCCUGUACCUACAUACGUUGUAAUCAAACAAGAUAAACCAAAGAACUUGCAAUGCGGCUAGCGAAACUCGACAAAUUACUUAUGUAACAAUUCGAUUAUACUUGUUGUGCCUAAAAUGUUCCAGAACGAAGAAAAUGCGAGGAAUCAGCAAAUCAGUAAACAUGUAUGACAAAACAAUCCACUAAAUAGACACAGUUUAUGCACAAGAUGCAAAAUAUGAUCGGUAUACUUACAUAUCAUGCCAUUAUAAGUUGUUUUAUUAUUUGUUGUUACUGUCAGUAUUUAUUUCUAAUUCAACUGCUCCAAUAUGCAUUUGUCUUCAAAUUUCCUACUUAUGCAUUCAACCAAAUAAAGCUAAUAGACAGAGAAACCGUGAAGAGCACUUACUAUAUAUAUAUAAUCAUGCAAGUCUUCUGUAGUUUCUAAGUUAUUUAUUGUCAUUGUUUUGCUUUUCCAGAAAAGAAAUACGAAUUUCUGCAAUAAUACUCAUAUUGGAGUAUAAAUUCCAUAACCCACUCCCAUACUUAGUAAAUAUUCCUCAAGCAGUGGCUGUGAAAGGUUCUCAUCUCACCGCAACAUUCAAGUGCUACUAUCCAAUGGAGUAUACUAGCACAAUAAGCACACGCACAGGAACAAUUCGUCCUGACAAAAGCAAAUACACAUUCAACAACUGUUAGGCAACCUAAAGUUUAGUGUUCCGCUCUGACUGCACAGCACAAAUCGUUGUCUAUUAGGUGAUACAUUUAACGAAUAAAAAUAAAGCCGCAAAGAGAGAGAUCGAUUUGUUUCUUUCGAGCGAGUGUAAAAUUCUUCUGUGAUCAUAUCUUCCUUCAUACUAAAUUUAUGAUUAAUUAAUUGGCAAACAAACAGCAGUGUUUGACGUACCGACGAGGAUGUGUAAUUACCUUAAGCGCACUUGAAUUAUUUUACUUUAAGUAAUUAUUAAUGGUAUUAGGUUUAUAUGCUUCACACAUAUAUGUAUAUCCAUAGAAAGGUAUAGUUAAAAAUAAGUGUCAGUACCGAAAUCACAAGAAGUUUAACAAAGAAAAAGUCUCAUGCGUGGAGCAUAACAAGGUUUUGACGAUCGUUUUCCUAAAACA